AUGGGCGCCUGUGGUGGCAAGGCUAAGCGACAGGGAAGCCGGGAGGUGCUUUUGAACGAAGGCUCUCGCUACAGCCAACUCGAAUCCAAUGAGUUUGAUCUUCUCUGGGCCAACUCCGACGAAGAAAAUCUGGACAUUCUGCAGUUUGCAGCCCCGAUCUUUGUUGCCGAGGAAGGGGAAGCUUUCAGUGUCAAGCUCAUGCGAAUGGGGUCCUUGAGUGGUACUGUUAGCUGCCAUUUCCAGACGGAAGGAGGCUCUGCCAAAGCAGGAGAACGCUAUGUUCAUGCAGAAGGUGAGGUCGUCUUCGGGGACGGCCAAUUCCAGCAGAGCAUUGACAUUCAGAUCCUGGAUUCGCCGAGUUUUUCAGCAACCCUCGAGUUCAAGGUCGUACUGAGCAAUCCCCAAGGAUGUAUUUUGGGGAAGUACCUGAAGCUCUGUCGUGUCAAAGUACUGGAUGGAGACCCCUUUCCAAACAGUGACUAUGCUGAGGCUGUGAAUGCAGGUCUGCACGCGGUCGAGGAGAUCAACCCAGUACCACUCUUCUUGGACUUUUGCAAGCUGAUGCUUCAGAUACCUGGUAACUCUUGGCGAUUUGCUGUGACCUUGCUCUUGGACCAGCUAAAAAAUGCAUAUGUUUGGUUUGGGCUUGUCGCUUCCGUCUACAUGGUGAACGUGAUCUUUGGUGGAGAAGACGCAGAAGACCGACUAGUCAUCCCGGGCGAUGCCGUGGGGACGGCCAAGUUGCUGGGCUUGAUGUAUAUAGGCCUCCCCUUGCUGUUGCACUUCUGCAAAGAAGCCAAGACGAGAAUGGACAUUGCGGGGCGUUGCGGUUUCUAUUUGCAGACCAGCCUGAUGCGGAAGUACAUGAACUUCAGCGAGGACUCUAGAGCAGCAGUCUCGCCAAGCGAAGUUCAGAGGAUCGUGAGCGCGAAAGCGAUGGAGCUUUCGGCUAGCCUGGACAACAUGUCUUCCAUGCUGGAGACACUCGGAAGGUUGGUCAUGCUGAACUACUUCGCGGUUUCCAGCGACCCUGGCAUGCUUUGGGCCGUGGUUGCAAUGCCUGUGGUGAUGACUUUCUGGGUGCUCCUGCGGCAGAGGUGGUUGACAAAGCCUGAGGAAGACAGCCCGUAUAAGAGAAGGGUCGCUGACCUGGUAGGUUCUAUCAGCGAAUACUACCCUCUAAUAGCUGCCUACUUCCAGCGACCUGCUAUGAACGAAGAGUUCGCAGAGCGCGUGACUAAACUCUCCGAGGUCCAGGAACCUUUGGGAAUCUAUGCUAUGCGCAGCGAGUUCUUUUUCGCUUGGUUGGGGCCUUCUUUUGCUGGAUUCUACCUGUGCUUCUAUGCUCAGCAAGUGAUUGAGCACCAGCUUUCCUUGGGAACAUUUUUAGCGACGAUCUCCGUUUUCAAGGAGGUCGCCUCGAACUUCGCGGAUGGCUAUUCGGUGAUGAAGAGCGUUAUUUCUAAGUUUGAGCCCUUAAUCGACAUCGCCGUUUUCUUCAAUCGGUCUACCGAUGUUAGAGAUUUGAAAGAGUCGGUGAACAGGCGGAUUACAGAGACCCAUCAACAGCGGACUCGGCUCUUGCAGCUUUCAACGCCAACUCCUCCCGGCAUGGUCCGCACUGACAUGAUUCCAAUUCAUUUGGAAAACGUCUCUUUCAAGGCAGGAGGGCAAAGGGAACUCCUGCGCAAUGUGAAUAUAUCGGUCGAACAGGGAAAGCUGAUAGCCUUGCAGGGUGAGCAUGGAUCAGGAAAAACGAAGCUGAUCAGGUUGCUGGCCGGUGGACUUACACCGACCAGUGGCAAGGUGAUUAUGCCCUCACAUUUGCGAUGCCUGCUGGUGACGCACCAGGUCGUCGUGAUGAAUACGACUCCUUUGCAGAACCUCUUCUUUGGUGAUCCUCUCGCCCUCGCACAGGACGAAGAUCGCCAUCGCGUGAUGCGAAUUCUGGACAAGCUGCGGAUGUCGCGAACUCGAGAGUUCGCUGAAACCGAAGUUAGCAUUUUGCAGGAGCCCGUUUCGGAAGAGGAGGCGGUGGACACUGGCUGUUGCGGCACAAGUGGGAAGGUAGAGCCACAACCUAAUGAGCAAUGGACGCCGCCCCAAGGCAGUAAGCGAGACCAAAGAUUGCAGUCAGUCUUGAGGGGUUGGGAGGAUGCCUUGUCCUUCCAGGAAAAAGCAAAGCUGCACAUUGCACGUGCCCUGGUUGUGAAUCCCGAAAUACUCGUGCUUGAGAAGCCGCUUAUGAAUUUCGACGAGCGAGAGUCCCAGCUGGUCCAAAGCAUUCUCAAAGAGCACGUCUCCAAUCGAGGCGUGGCACUCCCUCUAGAAUCCCGGGACAAGCGUCGGCCGCGGACUUGCUUCUACAGUGCAGAGCGUGAGAAUGGCUCUCAGAUUGAUGUUGUUUGGAAAUGUGGAAAUGGCAAUGUGGUUGCAGAGAACCCCGCCGAACAGUCUCCAAAACCCCUGAAAGGCAAAAAGCAAAUGUCAUCGCCGAAAUCUGCGGUCACUGCCGACAGCGUCUAA